UUGCUUCCCUGUUUACGAACAUCGUGACAGGAGACGCUUUAUUGUACUACAAAAUUAUGCUUUGUUGUUAUUUGCAAAUGGCGAUCAUGUAAAAGUUUAUUGGUGAGUUUUCUGUCUUUAGUUAGUUUUGCACGUCCGGUGCGUUUAUAAAGUUCGACCAUUAACAGUAGUUUUGACGAAUUGACGCAACGUGUGACAUGUAGUCUGCCUGUAGUUUGCGCUGUGUCGCUAGAAGUUUCCAUACAUUUCCACUACAAAAUUGGAGUGUGGCCUUUUUAACACGCACAAAAACAUUUUUUGUACGGAUGGCCACGGCUGCAGAGGCAGAGGAACCCCAGGGGCUGCAGAGCUACGCUGGAAAUUCAACUGAGGGCACGAAAGAGAUUCCAGCAGUUGGUCCCGCUGCGGUGGCGAGGAAAACCAUUGGUCACCGUGGAGUGGAUCAGAGUGGGGUGACUGUGUACAAAAAGACGCCCUCCUGGGCCCUGCAAGGCUCCAUCCAGUUGGGCAUCACCCACACCGUGUGCAGCUUGGCACAGAAACCCGAGAGAGACGUGCUGCUGCAGGACUUUGAAGAGGUGGAGACCAUCUACUUCCCUGAUGAAGGCAGCAGCCACACACCCGCACACCACUAUGGAGACUUCACCUUCAAGACCUACGCCCCGAUGGCAUUCCGCUACUUCAGGGAGAUGUUUUGCAUCCAGCCUGAUGACUACAUGUGUUCUCUGUGCAGCGAGGACCUUAUUGAGCUGUCUAACCCGGGAGCCAGCGGCUCACUCUUCUACCUCUCCAACGACGAUCAGUUCAUCAUUAAGACGGUGCAGCGCAAAGAGGCCGAAUUUCUGCAGAAGCUCCUCCCGGGAUACUUCAUGAACUUGAACCAGAACAAGCGCACCUUACUGCCCAAGUUCUACGGCCUCUACUGCAUCCAGUCGCGAGGUUCAAAUUCAAACAUCCGCAUCGUGGUCAUGAACAACCUGCUGCCCUCCUCCGUCCAGCUGCAUCUCAAGUUCGACCUCAAGGGCUCCACCUACAACCGCCGCGCCUCCUCCAAGGAGAGAGCCAAGACUUUGCCCACCUACAAGGACCUGGACUUCUUGCAGGACAUGCCGGAGGGCAUGCUGCUGGACGCCGACAUGUACAACGCUUUCUGCAAAACAGUCCAGAGGGACUGCCUGGUCUUGCAGAGUUUUAAGAUCAUGGACUACAGUCUCCUGGUUGGUAUUCACAUCAUCGAUCAGGCCAGUCGAAAGCUGGCGCAAGGGGAGUCAGCGGCCGCCCCGAGAAGGAAGCCGCAGAACCAGAAGUUCUUGUACAACACGCCCAUGGAGGCCAUCCAGGCGGAAGGAAGGAGCCUGGGCUCGACGGACAGCGACGAUCCCACGGGAGGGAUUCCAGCACGCAACUCCAAAGGCGAAAGACUGCUAGUGUACAUUGGCAUCAUUGAUAUUCUGCAGUCAUACAGGUUUAUCAAGAUGCUGGAACACACGUGGAAAUCUCUGGUUCAAGAUGGGGAUACAGUGUCAGUGCACAGACCGGGUUUUUAUGCGGAACGAUUCCAGAAGUUCAUGUGCAACACUGUCUUCAAGAGAGUCCAAUUAAAGACAUCCCCUUCCAAGAGGCGACACAGCACUCUCAGGAAGUCGGACAGCGCCGGAGCUCCGUCGGCAGAAGCGAGCAGCAGCAAAAACCAGAACGAGCAGCCCGUCAAGACCCAAAAGGAGAACGGCAAAGAAGGCGAGGGCCAAGACAACGGUGUAAAAGUGGCAACUACAUCCAAUGCAGCCAGUGCUGAGAAUGCAACAAGCUGAUCUCCUCAUCCAAGUGUGCUGAUGAACAUUACAAAUACAUUCAGUCAUUCUAACCUUUUUUACUGCACUUUGAUUCCGUGAGAGCCUUAAGAUAGCGCUGUAGCUUGAUGUAAGACUGUUGCUUAUCUCAGAGGAAUGGUUUAACGCCCAAUCAAAGAGUAUUCCUGCCCUUGGUGUAAUUAGCUAAGGCAGACAAGACGUUAUAUGGUGUUAGACAUGGACUCAUUGAGUGACGACUUGCUUUAUUUUUGCCUCUUAAGCCAUGUAGGGGAAAAAAUAAAUGGACCAAGCUAGCAAUAUUCACAUGGAAAAAGUGCCGAGAUUGAAUGCAAGUUAUUAUGAAAGUGCCUAAAAUAACCAAAUAUUAUCUAUACAUUGGAAAUAAUGUAUACAAUGCACUAAAAACAACUGCAUUCCACAUUUAGGCUUACAUAGUUUCUAUAUGUACAUAUCAUGUUUGUUUUAUUCCAGUGUGAAACCUUUAAUCAUCUUAAAUUCAUAUGUUUACAAUUUUAAUAUCUGUAAACACUGUUGUGUUACUAAAGGUACAAAAUUUACUGUACAUACAAUAACAUUAAGGAGCAGUUAUUUAUUGAGUCGUUCUUUGAAUGCUAUGCAAUGCAAUGUUUUGUUUACGCAAUUUAAAGGCUUUGGAAAGGGUGCAAUACAUUAAGUUGAUUGAGAGAAUAAUCAAUAUUUGGGGUUAUGACUAAUUUAUCCUGUAGAAAGUGCCUUAUUUUACUAUAUGGACCUAAAUAUUUAUUACAGUGUAUUAUUGUAUUCUUGCUCAUCUUUUUUAAAUGUAUGCUUAACACUGUGACGGUAUUGAACAUUUGACUUUAUAUUGCAUUUAUGGUACUUUGUAAAUAAAGUUGCAUUGACUUUUCA